AAUUCGUUGUCUCAGUACUUGUACUCUAUGCAAUGACAAUAAAGUGGAAUCUAAUCUAAUCUUUAAAAAACCAAACAUUUGCAGCCGAAGACAACUCAAACGCAGCUGAGCGAGACGGGGUACACCACUGGGAAAUGCAAAUCAAGAUCAGUGCAGAGCUUCUUCCAUGACAGUAGAUGGCGAUAUUUCACAAUUAAAUAUCCCAAUACCUUACUUGCAAGCGUCCCCGGCGAAGAAGUCAGGUGAUCAGGGACAGGAAAACAUUCAAAACAGGAAAUGUGAAAUGUAUGGACAGUAUUUCAAAAUAAACAAAUAAUGGUCCAACUUGGAUUACGCUUUAUUUUUCAUACGAGUUGCUGAAGAAGACAUAACUUUAAGAGUUGUAAUCGACGCAUUUCAUCAUGUCUUCUUCGGACUCGCCUCUCUCAGGAGUCAACGUAGUGCUUGUGAUGGCCUACGGUAGUCUGGUGUUUGUGUUGCUGUUCAUUUUCGUGAAAAGACAGAUUAUGCGGUUUGCGAUGAAGUCUCGCCGAGGACCACACGUACCAUUGGGUCACAACGCUCCAAAGGACUUGAGGGAGGAGAUAGACUCACGUCUGUCCAAGGUGAACAACAUCCGCUACGAGCCGCGCCUCCUGGCAGUAGAAGAUGACCGCCUCACAUAUCGGGGUCAGAAUGGUAAUGGAUGCUAUAACUACCUCUAUCGAAUGAAAGCAUUAGACGCCAUCAGAGACACAGAUUUGCCUUUCCAUGAGCUGGGUCACAGUUCCAGCGCUUUGACGGGCCAGCGGUACCGGAACUGGCUGAUGGAACUGAGAAACUCCCACUCUCUGUUUAAGACCCCUCGCAGCGGCCUCAUCGACAGACUGGUGGAGGGCUACGACAGCGCCAGACACGGAACAGGGGCCUUUGGAGAAGCUGAAUUUCUGAAGUAUCAGGAUGCUUUGAAUGAACUGGCCACUGUUGUAAAGACCCACUCCAGCUCGGCCAGUCUUAACCAGCAGCACCAGUCUGCUGCCAAGGAUCUGACCAGCUCCCCCAGCCAGUCCUCCGCCUCCACCAUCCAGGUCACCUACCUACCCUCCUCGGGCCAGCGCAGCAAGAGGCCCAAACACUUCCUGGAGCUCAAGAACUUCAAGGACAACUACAACACACUGGAAAGCACUCUUUAAAACUCAUCAGAGAGAGAGAGAGAGAGUGAAAGGUGUAAGGAGAGAACUUGGGAAGCCAACUGGGGAAUCACUGGAAUGAAUGAAUGACGAGAGCUUUUACACUUUAUAGAUUGGGAAGGACUGUUAGUGCAAGACCAUACACAUGGUUGCCGAAGCAGCCACAGGCAGUUACAGUGUGUAUCGGAGUGUUGUGGCAUCUGCUUCCAAGGAAAGACGCGCGAGAGAAAUGUUUCUAUCCGUUUUUAGCUGUUUAGCCGUGAAACAUUCCCUGAAACGAGACGUACAGAUCCUGACUGCCAUGGUGAAAGACGUCUCUUUCAAUCGCACUGCAGAAUCGCUAAGCGAGAUCAAAACUAUGUCCCACCAUCCCGUGUCCUUCCAAAACCAUGUCAUAUCUAGAGAUUUUAGGAAGCUGUUAAAUUCUGUUAGGCUUCAUGGCUUUCUCCUACCCAUAUUGGAUCAGCUAGGGGAGAAUGGAUAACUUCAGGCCAGCCCUGCGUGGCCUGCUCAUUCAUAGAUAUAUGUUGGUAUUGUUUCAAAUGGGCUUAGUAAGUUUACUACAAGUUAUGGUGAAGCCUGCCUCCAUUCACUGAGGCUAUAAUUUGGGUCUGUCAGCGUUUUCAUGUCCAUGCUUCUAAUGGCCAGGGCUCUGAUCGGCAUUGGAGUUAUAUUCAGAAAAUACACACACUGUUACUGAAAUACCAUUACAGGUGUAGCCCAACCUAUUUUACAGAGCUGAGACCAUGCCUUGUGGGAAAUGUACACUACCUGUGUUUGUGCCAUCCCCUGAUAUGAAGACUCCAGUUCCCAUGAGCCUCUGCGGUCUGCAGCAGCACUCACCAUAGAAGUGAUUUAAAAGCAUCUUAAUAACUUAAUUUCUGAACAGCUAAACUGUGCAUUACUCUACUGUGAUUAUAAGUGCACUUUUAUUCCAUUUACUGUAUUUCUGCUUGUUAAUUUAUAGGUGAAUGUUUAACAUUUUAAGGAAAUUAUGUGUGUGUGUGUGUGUGUGUGUACAUGUAUGUGUGCGUGUGCGUUUCUUUCAAUACGCACAGUAGUAUGUUACACUUGUAAAUUCAUGAAUUAUUGUGUACAUGUGAUCAACUUGCAGUGCACUGUAGUCUGUACCUGAAUGUAAUGAUGUCACUGUCUCAUGAGUUUGUGAGCCCUUGAGACCGGACCAUAAAAUUCUCAGCAUCAAGCUAAA